AAUGGUAUCCGCGUAUUGUGAUGACCUGCGCAAUGAAAAUGCGCCAUACAAAAAAAUGACAACAACAAAAAUGUCGUCGGAGAGCCAAGCGCUCCCGACUCAAACGGAAAAACCUCCACAUUACACAUACUUGAAAGAGUUUCGUACCCAACAAUGUCCGCUGUUCCUUCAACACAAAUGUACACAACACCGGCCUUUUACGUGCUUUCACUGGCAUUUUAUGAAUCAACGACGCCGACGGCCUGUGCGUAAGAGGGACGGGACAUUCAACUAUAGUCCGGAUAUAUAUUGUACCAAAUUUGACGAGACAACAGGAAUUUGCCCGGACGGAGAUGAGUGCCCAUUUCUUCACAGAACUGCAGGGGACACAGAAAGAAGGUACCACCUUCGCUACUACAAAACAGGCACCUGCGUGUACGAAACAGACACGAAAGGGAACUGCGUCAAGAAUGGUCCACACUGUGCUUUUGCACACGGCCCUAUUGACCUGCGGGCACCAGUCUAUGAUAUACGUGAGAUGCAGGCCAUGGAACAGAACUCAGACAUCUCCAGCAGUCCGGGCACCCCCAGCAGUGGCAGUCUGGAGAAAGACCGCUUGUUAUUGGAGGAUCCGAGAUGGAAUGACACAAACUUUGUGCUUGCAAACUACAAGACAGAGACAUGUAAGAAGCCUCCACGUCUAUGCAGGCAGGGAUAUGCGUGUCCUCACUUUCAUAAUGCCAGGGACAGGAGAAGGACCCCCAAAAUAGCCAAAUACAGGUCUACACCGUGCCCGAAUGUGAAGCAUGGAGAUGACUGGGGUGAUCCCACACAGUGUGAGAACGGGGACAACUGCGGCUACUGUCACACAAGAACUGAGCAGCAAUUCCACCCUGAGAUCUACAAAUCAACUAAAUGCAAUGACAUGGUACAAACCAACUUUUGUCCUCGUGGGGCGUUCUGUGCAUUUGCCCAUGUGGAACAGGAGAUCACCACUCAGCGAGAGAUCAUCCAGCAGGGAUCCUCCUUCCUGGCAGCCAUGAUCUCCAACCUGCUGCCCGCCAGCAGUGUCGUCACGUCCAACAUGGGGAUCAACCUCCCGGUCACGUCUCUCUCCUCCACAUGCUCCUCUGCCUCCACGCUGCAAACUGUGAUGGAGGAGACAACGACCAAUGGGGUACAUUACCCUGGUAACUCAUGGACCAAGAUGCCAGACCCUAUAGGCAAGGAGAGAACUAAUAGCACUUCUGGUAUAUCAAUAUUAACGAGUAGCAGUGUUUCAAGUCUGAACAACAGUUAUGCAAGCAGCCCGCUACCUGAGCCUAUAGGCAAGGGCCGCUCUAGUAGCCUCUCCAGCAGUAUUACAUCAACCUACAGCAACGACAGCUUCUACACACGCUCCAGUAUGGACCGCGACGACAUUAAUCAGGUUGCCUUUUGGUUAACCUUUUCCAAACAGAUCAAAUUAAGACAACAGCUUAAAGAGAUUGACCAGGACCCCAACUUAGAUUCAGUGGAGAAAGCCAAACGCAAACAGAAUCUGAUGUUGGUGCACAAUCUGGGCAGUUCGGGAGCGUUCAUAGGCUUUGGCAACAACUCUAUGUCUCUGCCGAACACCACCAUGUCCCCCUUUGCAACAGCGUUCUAUCCGCCCAGGGAUACUGUUGGAUCAGUGAUAGAGCAUGGACUUGAAGAUAUAACUCUAGAUGAUAUAGAUAUCAACAACUUAGACAAGGAAUUCGACAAUGACACAAACUCACUCAGCAGUUCAAUAAGUGCAGGACUAUCAUCAGGUACAGGCUUUCAGGCUUUCAACGACUUUAGUAACGGUUUUGGGUCUACGUCUAUACCUAUUGGAAUACCGCCCUGCAACAUCCAGCGUGGAAGUAUUGGCAGCCUAUCCCAGUCGCCCACCUCACCAUAUGGUAGCUUCCCCCACGCUAUUAUACCACUACAGACGCAGAAGGAAUCGCAUACUGAGAGCUACCUGGGACAUCACAAUCACAUGAAGUUCUCAGGGAGCCCAUUUGCGGAGGUGAACUCGAUGUCGCCCCGGAGCGGUCCCAUGGGUCUGCACUCGCCACUCUACUCUCAGUCGGUGACGGGGGUAGGGGCCAAUGGCAGCGCCAGCGGGGACAUCAGCAAGCUGCUCUCCGACGUGAACAUGUACAAGACAAAGCUGGAGCACUGGGAACAGGCUUACAAUCAGGCAAAGGCGGCGUGUGAAGCAUGGAAGAAAGAAGCUGAAGACAGCUCUAGGAAAGUGAAGACAAUGGAAGAUGAGAAAAACAGCAUUGUUAAGCAGCGCGAUGAGGCUUUGAAGAAGUUGAAACAGGAUUCUUCAAGCAUGAAAACAGCUGGAACAGUAUUACAGAACAUGCCCACGUCAGCAGCCGAACUGGAUGCAAUUAUGUUGCCACAGUUGCAUCAUCUACGGCAUCAGCUUAAGUCAGAUCUGGAGAAAAUUGAUCAGGUAAUAUACAAGGCGACAAAAUGUGUGAUAUGUCAGGAAAGCAACCGUUGCAUUGCAACAUCGCCAUGCAAUCAUUGUGCCACAUGCGAGAAAUGUGCACCCUCGCAAACGGAGUGCCCAAUGUGUCACGCCAAGAUUGUGCAGAGAGUUGCGAUGAAUUAUCAGUUGUAAUGAUUGUGAACUGUAGGUCCAUAUAAACAAUUGACUUUUAAUAAAUUUUGUUAGACGUAGGCAUUUGUUAUAGCUUUUAAAUUAAGUAUUGGUGAACCCAGCAAAACGGCAGAUAUUCUUGAAAAUGCCAAGGAUGAGAAAAGUUUAUAUUUUACUAUUAGUGUAAAUACCUAGAUGUUUGAAUUUUAAAUUUAGGAUUAACAAAUUGUGUAAAUAAUAUGUGGUUAUGAACUUGCCUUCUAAAUGUGUCUUUUGUUUGACUCUUUGAAUACUUAUGUAAUGAUUAAAGAACUUAAAUUUAAUACAAAGAGUGAUAACACUGAGUAACG